CUCGAGUACCUCCUUCCAUGCGUCUGAGAAGGUAAGGUCGACAUGGCAGACAGAGAGGCACGUAUGCCUCGUCUAUGUAUCCGUGUACCCAUGUACCCAUGCUCAUUUUCCCAUGUACCUGCCCUGCCCUUCCCUUCCCUUCCCUGCCUUACUCCCAUUACCCCCGUUCGUUCCUGCUUCAGUGUGAAUGCCCCCGAUUGUCCCAGCAGCUAAGCCGUUCGUUUCAAUUCACCAAGCUUCCACACUUGGGACCUCUCACUUGACCUAACUUGGGGGGAGGGUGCGCGCGCGCGCGCGCUCAGGUCUAGUGCAGAUAGGCUAUAACUACAGACACCUGACGUGUG